GAUAUCGUAACACAUCGAUUACUUUUCGAACAGUGAUUCACUACAAUAUUUUGGUGGUCACUGCAUAACUGUCAUCUCUAUCUGAAGCGCGUAAAUUUGUACAAAUUGUAGGAAUUUGUAUGGACACUUUUCAAUGAAUCCACCGGCUCCUCGUGGACGUGCGCCUUCCAGAUUCAUACGUGGACGUGGUCGUGGAGGUGGAGGCUAUCGGCCUUACUUUUAUUUCCGCCGCAAUGGCCGCGUCAUCCCUGCACGCGGGAAUCGCCAACCGGGCCAAGAGGCAGAGGCGGGCACGAGCGCCGGUGCGGCUGAAAAUCGGCUGCCUCCGGCAAGAGGAUGGAAUCGUCCGGCCAGUAAGCGCGGUCGCGACACCAACCUAGACUGCAGCUUUCUCCGGCCCGAGAACUAUGCAGCUCCAGAGGAUGGCCUGCAAGUGCAGAGCAUAGCGGUUGACAAUCCGAAGGCCUGUCCCGGCUGGCGGUUGUACUUUUUGCGCGACACCUACACGGAGGACAGUGACCAGGCCAAACGCAUCACUGCCGUGGAGGCACACUACCAGCGGAAUCCUCAGAAGUACGACUUUGUGCGGAUACGAGAGCAGGGAUUCUUCAAGCUGCCCGCCCUCGGCAUCGUCCACGACGAGCAGUUGAAGAAGGUGUGGCCCCGGCUGGCGGAGGAUCUGCGCGAGCACCCACAGCGCAGCCUGUCCACCCUGGCCGUGGCCAUGCACACGGUAGUGAUCAAUCACAACUUGGACGCGAAUGACACGACAGCCCCCCUGGAGCAGUCCACCCUGGAGCAGUAUGUGCCUCCGCCGACCCGCACCCGAAAAAUUUACGUGCGCCCCGAGGACUUUACGCCAGUGGAGCUAACGACCGGCAUUAGUGCCGACCGCGUGGACACGCUCUUCUCGGUCCGCGGCAUUGUCAGCAGCGUAGGUGAACCAACGUACAGCAUAGCCUGGCAAUCGUUUCGCUGCUCCCGGUGCCAGACGGAGCAGGCGAUGCGUCAGCGAGGGUCCUUCCAACCCCGCCCCUACCACUGCAAGCAGGCGCAGUGUGUGGCCAAGGAUAGCUUUGUGCCGCUCCGAAGCUCGCCCUACACGCGCAUCUCGGCCAAGCAGAUCGUUCGCCUGGAGGAGUCGAGUCUGUCGCUAAUCGCAGACUAUGACAGCAUACUUCCUGGGGAGAUAGAUGUGGAGUUGCGCAACGAUCUGGUGGACUGCGUCCACGUGGGCCAGGAGAUAGUCGUCAACGGAGUGCUCAAACUGCGCGAUCUAGGCGAAGAUGUGACCACCGCCACUGGAUCUGUGGCAGGGGACUCCAACGAGUUGAAGGCCUAUCUCAAGGCAGCGAGCGUCCAGGAUGCGCGCCACAAGAAGCGAGAGUUCAGCGAGCGCGACCUAGAGGCCAUUGCCAUGAUCAAUGCGGAGCCGUACAGCUUCAAGCUGCUGGUGCAGUCGCUGGCUCCAGAGGUGCAUGGCCACGAGCUGCCCAAGGCCGCCUGUCUGCUCUCCCUUCUCGGAGGCGGCGCUGGAGGGGUCAAUGUGCUGCUUGUGGGCGAUCCCGGCAUCGGCAAGUCCAAAAUCUUGCAGAACUGCGCGCAGAUCACGGAGCGAGGCUCGCACAUUAGCGGAAAACGCGGCGCCCAAUCCGCCCAGAGACUGGGGCCGACCUUCACGGGACGAAACAAGCGCGUGCUCCAGGCCGGGGGCCUCAUGACGGCGAGCAGUCCGGGCCACUGCACCCUGGACGAUGUGGACAAGCUGGCCUCGAAGCAGGCCGUGCUCCUGCAGUGCAUGCAGUCGGGCGAGAUCAAUAUGCCGCUGCCGGGCGCCUUCUCCACGUUCCUGGCCCAGCCCUCGAUCAUUGCUUGUGCCAAUCCCCAGCGAGGACAGUAUGAUGAGGGGCGCUACCUGCUGCAGAACAUCCACAUCGUGCCCUCUCUGCUCAAGGAGUUCCAUCUGGUGUAUGUCCUGCUGGACAAGCCCUCGGUCGUGCGCGACAUAUCCCUGACGGCUCAUGUGCGCGCCCUCCACGCGGGGGCCAAGAAGCGCGCACAGAUCGCGGCGCGCUAUGCGCUCAAGCCUAAGACCAGCGACUCUAUGUGCGAGGGCACCUUCUACGAUGUGAGGACCGAUGACGACAGCGAGGACAACGACAGCAUCAUGCAGCAGGACUAUGAUCUGGACAAGCGUCUCGAGCUGCAGGAGGAGGACGCUGAACUGGAUCUCCUGCCACCUAUACUCAUCAAGAAAUUCCUGGCCUAUGCCCGCCAGAAUGUGAAUCCGUUGCUGAACGAGGCGGCCAGCCGCUCCAUCGAGCGAUUCUUCAUGGAGCUGCGCGAAGACGGUAGGACUGGAGGAGGGGAGGAUACCGAGCAGAGCCAGCUUGGGUCGGGAACUAUUGCUAUCGCAUCAGCUUCAAGAGGGAGGAGACGGGCAGCUCCAGGAAGAUGGCCAGCAGGAAGGAGCACAGAUACGACACGGUCAUCGUGAAGAAGAUGAAGGCAAACUGUGGAAGAGAAAAAUGGAAUAAGGAAAGCUGAACGGAGUCUAAGGUCCCAUCUCACCAUCAUGCCGGUGCCAAAGUAGAUGGGCUCCCGCACGGUGGCCAGGACGAUACGCGCCACCAGCAGAUGGACGAUGAAUGCUCCAUAGGUGAGGCGUCCCAGUAUACGGAAGAUGGGCAGACAGGCGAACUUGCGGAAGAUCCCUGGAAAGCAAACAAAACACCAAUAUGAGCGGAGAAUCCAAGCGGAAAUCCGUAUCCCUCGAGGAUACUUACAGCCGACCUUCCCGGCCAUGCCCACAAUAAAGAUGCUGAGACCAAAGGCCCAGAGGUUCCGCUGCAGCCCCGCGUAGAUGGCGCCCCAUAUGGCCGACGGAGCCACAUAGUAGUGCUGGAAAAUGGGGUGAGCGGUGAAGAGCCAGAGGAUGCCCACCGGAAUGAGGGCGAACCACAGGAGCUGGAAGCUGCGCAACUGCCGCAACUUGUACUGCUUCAGGGCCAGCUGGUCGUAGACCAAGGCGGCCAGAACUCCGCAGAAAUAGCAGCCAAAGUUCAUCAGCGACGAGGUAUAGAACUCCGUGAACUGGCGAUCCCCAAUGAACGAGUCCUUCUGGGUUCUGGUUUCAAGGAUUGAAUGGCAUUGAAAAGAGUGAGAGUGAAAAAGAGACUCGAACUUACUGCGGCGUAGGCACAAAGAUCGGAUAGUAGUCCAGGGCGUACGUGAGCAGCACAGGAAGGGCCAUGAAGAUCGCCAAGAUGACCGCGUAGAGCUGCUUGCUCCAUUUGGCAAAGCGAUGGCCCAGCAUCAGCAGCACCAAGCUGAGCACAAAGGAUUGCGUGUCCGCGGCCAGAUACCAUCCCUGGAGCAGGCACUGUCAGGAUGUCAGGAUGGGAAUAAAGGAAACAUCAAAUGAAGCAGCUCCUUAGCAGCUCGGUAUGGAUCCACUUACGCGCUCGUCCGUCUGCACAAAGUUGUUGAUGUACAGGAGAUUGGUCCACCAGUUACGACGGCAGGCCAGUUGCUCCCGCUCGUAGAUGUGCCGCCAGAGCGGACCUCCGGCAGUGUCAAAGUACACGCCGCUCAAGAGCAGAACAAAGGCAUAGGGCACUGUCAGUCGAAUGUAGCGGAACACGUUGAACUUGACAAAGAGCACGGCGUACUGCAGAAAGGUCCAGGACUCUGCCUUGGACUGCACCGUACGCGCCACCGCCAGCCAGUUGAUGGUGAGAAGGAGGCCACUGAUCACAAAGAACGUUACCGUGAUGAGAGAGCCGGAGACGAGGAGUGUGCCCGCGGCCGUGUGUAAAAGACGCUCGGGAUCCUGGGGAUUGCUGAUGGCGCUCUCGUAGAUCACCCAGUUGGUGUGCGCAAAGAUAACCAUGAACAUGGAAAAGAACUUGAAGCAGUCGAGGAAGCGCAGCUCGCGUCCGAUCUUGCCGUUGGGCUCCUGGUUGAGCCGAUACCAGUUCCGAGCCACCGAGAAGGUGAGCAGCAGCUGCUGGGCGAGGCUCUUGGGUGGGGUCUUGUAGUGAUCCCGCUCCUUGAGCAUCUUGUCGUGACGCCGCCGCUUCAGCAAGAGAUCCACGAGACUGCCCAAGCUGGCCAGAACCAUCAGACCGCACAGUAGCCCAUAGAAUGUCAAGUUCCAGGCAUCUUUAGGGAUUAUGUUAAGGCUAUGAUUCUAUGUCCGACAUGAAGAGUAAAGAAUACCCACCAUCCUGGACCACUCGUCCAGCCUCAUCGCAGUACUCCACCACGCUCUUGGCCCGCAGACUGAAUCCUCGCCGCUUCAGCCGCCAGUUGAGGCAGGCACUCGUCAGCCGCUGAUGUUGCUCUCGGUUCUGCGACUCCAUAGAGAACAGCCCCAGGUACACAUUCACCUGCAUGGAGACAGAGAUAACCAUGAAUGGGCCAUCAAAAUGCCAGACAGAGACCCAGACCCAGACCCCAAUCUAUCCCAAGCCCUUGGCCUUGAAAGAAAUGCAUUUGCGUUGAUUGGAUUGGUAUCCAUUUCCAUUUUCGACCAACGCCCAACGAUCAACAGCAAGUCAGCUUUGUGUAAUCAGCCAUCGUGAAUGCAUUUUGAUGGCAUCGAUCCACUGGAUCAAUGGCAUCGGCCACACCGUCUCCCAUUUACCCAUCAUCUAUCCAACGUUUAAUCAGCGGAUUUUCCCUCCCGUGCAUUCGAGUAAUUUAUGCAAUAUUUAUAGGUAAAUGCAGAUGCAGAUGGAGAUCACGAAUUCAGAGGCAGACCGAAGGCCCGAGACAGAGGCGCUGCUGCUGCUGCUGCUGGCCCAUUAAAAAUUCCCCCAGAUCGAAUCUGAUUUCGAGUUGAAUAAACUUUUGAACUGUUUUCACAGCUUCUGUACUUUGAUCUGAUCGGCCAUUACGGGCGACGCCUUGGCCCGAGAGGAGUUUGGCAAUAUCCCAAUACAUUCAAAAUCGUGUUUGAAGAUUGAAUUAAAUGGCCCACAAUCCGAUGCUGAUGGUCUCACCUUCUCAUUUUCCGUGAGCAGACCCGGCUGCAGCGAUUCCAGCUCGGCGUCGUCCAGUCCGGCCAGGGAGGCCUCGCAUUCCCUCAGGCAGAGGCCAAAGUACAGCUGGCGGUGGUCGAAGUGAUGGCGAUCGUAGCGCGAGAUCUCGGCGAUGGCUCGCCAGGCGGCCACCGACUCAUCCGGUUGGACUUGGGCCCGGACAAAGCAGUAGGUGGAGGUCUCCCCAUCCAGUUCCUGCAUGCAGCGGUCGUAGUCGUCCAAGUCGUACAGCUGCGGCAUCUCAUAGAACUGCGUCACUGCAAAACAGGAAGCGAAGAAACAACAUAUUGGAGCUCGCAAGUGGAUGAGGCAGUUGAACAAACAGAAUAUAUGUAGAAUCAUUCGGAUGAAUCAGCCCAUUAAGAGGCUCAUCAGAAACUAGUUUUUUUUUUUUUGCCUGGGAAGAUCCUUUUUUGCUAGAACCAUAACCGGGGUUCAAUGGCUGUUAAUUCAAGUGAAAGGAAACUUGUUUUCUUUGAACUUGUUUUGCAUCCCCGCCACUCCACAAGGUGCAUAUACCUUUAAUAACUUUAUCUAUUCCAAUUGGUGGAGAAAAACAAACAAACAAAGAUUCAAGUGUAAGACGAUAAUUGUUUUGCUGAUGAAGAGCCUCAAUCUCUUGUCAGAUUCCAGGCGACGCUUCGUCUGAGUUAAUUGUUUGCUUCAUUCAAAUAUAAAUAAUGUCCAAUCAUGCCCA